AUGAACUCUAAACUUCUAGAAAAUUACUACAGGAAUUUUUUCCCAUGCAAUGACCUCUGCAGAUGGCUCAACUUGGGAAUUGAUCUUAAAAUCGAUGAUUCUACCACCAGAAAAUCAUACUUUGAGAGAAGAGAGUUUGUUUUUUACUACCACGGAGAUAUCUAUUGUCGUCACAUAAGUUUUAGCUCAGCGGAUGAGCUCAAAGAGCAGCUUAUCCAUGAUAAGCCGGAAAAGUUUGGGAUUGGAGCUGUCUACAGCUUGCCUCCAAAACUUCGAAACCGAAAACAAAAGAAAAUAAAGUACGAGCCAGUCGAACGCGAAUUUGUUAUUGAUAUAGACAUGAGUGACUAUGAUAAAGUCAGAACUUGCUGCUCUGGGGCAGUUGUCUGCCAGCUUUGUUGAAAAUUUUUAGAAUUGGCUUGAAAGACAAUAGACAAUAUUCUAAAAGAGCUGUUUGGUUUUAGCUCCCCCCUUCUUGCAUUGAACAAAACAUCAAUAAAAUUUGCAUUUUUGGGUAUUUUAAAUCCCCUUUAAAUUUGAGGAAAAUCUGUUUUUUCAAUCGGAAAGUUAAUCGAUAAAAAUACUAAUUUAUAUAAAAUAGCUUUAACCUAAUUUAAUAGACAAAAUGCAAGGAAAAUGCUAUUUAGAUAUUUAUAAAACUGAAUCAAUUAAUUUUUGGAAUUAAUUCUUCAUAAAAAGAAAUUAAAAUUCAAAUUAUUGCGCUUGAUCUAUAUUUUUUUAAAAAAUAUCAAAUUUGAUAAUACAAAUUUUUUAUUUACCUAAUUUAAUAGACAAAAAACAAGUUAAAAUUUAAUCAUUUUUAACACUGAAAAUUUAUAUUUUUAAUUCUUAAAUCCUUCCCUCAGUGAGCAAACAAAAUCAUUAGAAAAAUCCCUAUUUUUUGUCCAAAAAACCCACCCUCCAUAGGCAAACAAAAAAUUUUUUUAUGAAAAAAAUUGAUAUAUAAGUGAUAAUUAGUAUAAUGAAGCUAAUUCUGUUUAAUUGCAUUUUAAAACAUAAAUUUUACAAAUUAAAUUAAUAUUUGCUUUCCAAUUUUUGGGCAGCAGGAUUUUUUAAAUUUCGAAAAAAAAAAUUCUAUAAAAUUUAUAUAUAAUUUUUUUUUAAAAAAGCAAAUUAACCACUCCAUAAGCGAAUAAUUUUUUUUUCGCUCAAGGAGGGAGGGAGUAAGAAAAAUGAAUUAAAAUUUUAAAUUAUUAUGCUCAAUUUGUAUUUUUAAAAAAAUUAAAGUGUAAAUACAAAUUUUUAUUGGCAUAAUUUAAUAGAGAAAUUACAAAAUAGAUAUUUAAUCAUUUUUAACGCUGAAUCUAUAUAAAAAAGAAAUUAAAUUCAAAGAAUUUAUAUUCUUUUACAAUUUUUAAAAAAUGCUUUUAAAAAAAUUAAUGAUGAAAAAAUAAUUUAUAAAAUUAGUUUAGACUUAUUAUAUUCAAAGAUAAAAUUAUUUAAAUAAUUUAUUUAAUAAAAUAAAUUACAGUUCAAAGCAUUAUAAAAAAUAUUUUUAAAAAAAGAUCAAGAUAGCAUUACCGAUUUUUAUAAAGUUAAUUUUGGUCUGUUUUAAUGAUAAAAGUGCAAUUAACGAUAUUUAAAACAAUUUUCAAUAAUAUUUGAUUAAAUUUUUAAUUAUUUCUUCAUAAUUAUUGUGCUAAUUUUUAUAACUUUAAAAGUUCUUUCAUAGAGAAAAAUUAAAAUAUACUUUUUUUAAAAUAGUUUAUUUUUGUAUUUUUUGUUUCAAUUUAAAGGGGGAAGUAAGGUUAAUCUGUGGGUUUUUUCUGGUAGAAGAGGGAUACACUGCUGGGUGUGUGAUUCUGAAGCAAGACGAUUAAGUGACUUCGAGCGAAAAUCAUUAAUUGAGUUUCUAAACUCAGGACCAAAUUUCAGCAUAUAUAUUCUUAAUAUUUGCCGAGCAAUUUUUAAUAAUCGCUUUGAAGAAAUCAUUGUGAAAGACCAGAAACUGUUUGAAAAUCAAGAAAGAUUAGACGAAUGUGUUAAAAUUAUUAACAGCCAACUUGGCACUACUCUUAAGUUUGCAGCUAAAGGAACUAGCGAAGAAACAUGGGCAGAAAUUCUAGACUUCAUUAAUUCGCAGCUUGAUCAACAAAAAAUUGACGAAAUAAAAAACAAAAUCUAUUUCAGCUAUUUAUAUCCAAGGUUAGACAUAUAUGUCUCGAUGGAAAUAUCAAACUUGCUUAAGUCUCCAUUUUCUGUCCACCCAAAAACAGGUAAUUUGAAUGGCAAGUUUUGCUUUCGUCUCUUUUGCUUUUUUUAGUAAUAGAGAUUAUAUAUUAAAAAUAAUUGUUAGUCAGACAGAUAAAUUCAAAUUUAUUAACCCAUUAUAAUAUAUCUAUUCCAUUCUUAGUUGAGCUGGCAGAAGAAUUUAGAGUUGACAAGGUUCCAAACCUAGUAGGUCUAAAUGCUGGAGUAGAUGAUCUUGCCCCUCAUAUAAAAGUUUUGAACAUUAUAAGUGAUAAGCUUAAAGAAUGCUGCCGAAAAAAAAGAAAUAGAAAAACAGCAAAUUUCGAUACACAAAAUUAUGUACCGAAACUUUAA